AUGAUUCCAAUUAAACAUGUUGCGGUCGCUUGGCGCCGGCUGGUGGCCACAAAAGUCGCCGACGAUUGCCGUCAGUGCUUCGCGAAGAUUGCGAGGCGCGACACACGACGCGGAACGCGAACUCCAUACCGUUGCGACACCCACACACACACAGCCUGCCCCAAAGUUUUUUUUUUGCGUGACGUCGACGAAGUGCCGCGAGUGCGGGUGUGAUUCGAGGGAUCCGAUUGGAGCCCCUUCGGCCUCACGAUUGACGCCCUCUACCGCUUCCUGCGCCAGGCGCUGCCGCUGGCCAAGGAGGCAGUGAUCCGCCUGAAUGCCAGCCACGAGAUCCCCAUCCCGCUCCCGAUCCCGAUCCCGAGUGACGCCGGGGUGACCCUAAGCAGCCCCUCCGUCGAUCUCUUCAACUACACCGGCCUGGAACUGGACUUGGGUCUGGGAAUGGGUGGUGGUCUGGAUCUGGGAGGGACCAGCACUGUGGCGCCCAACGGCGCCGUCAAGUCAACGGCGGGGAACAGGAGUGUGGCACGCGUGAGCGCCGACGUGCCCAUCUGGGUGGUGCCCUGCUACUCGGCCAUCCUCCUGUGCGCCGUCGUCGGAAAUCUGCUGGUGGUGCUCACCCUGGUCCAGAACCGUCGCAUGCGCACCAUAACCAACGUUUUCCUGCUCAACCUGGCCAUCUCGGACAUCCUGCUCGGCGUGUUCUGCAUGCCGGUGACCCUGGUGGGCACCCUGCUGCGCCACUUCAUCUUCGGCGAGCUGCUCUGCAAGCUGAUCCAGUUUGCACAGGCUGCCUCAGUGGCGGUUUCUUCUUGGACACUGGUGGCCAUCUCCUGCGAGCGCUACUACGCCAUCUGCCAUCCUUUGAGAUCGCGCACCUGGCAGACGAUCAACCACGCCAACAAGAUCAUCGCCAUCAUUUGGCUGGGGAGUCUGGUGUGCAUGACGCCCAUCGCCGCCUUCAGCCAGCUGAUGCCGACCAGCCGUCCAGGACUGCGCAAGUGCCGCGAGCAGUGGCCGGCGCACAGCCUCAACUACGAGCGGGCCUACAACCUGUUCCUGCUCCUGGCCCUGCUGGUCCUGCCCCUGCUGGCCCUGAGUUUCACCUACCUGUUCAUCACCCGCACUCUGUACGUGAGCAUGCGCAACGAGCGGGCCAUGAACUUCGGCAGCAGUGGCCCGGAGGUGGCCUCCGCCUCCGGAGGACCUGGUAGCCAGCGGCCCCCCAACGGUGGCCACUGCCACCAGUCUCUCGACACGAUUGUGCCGCACCAGCAGCACCAUUCCCAGUACUACUACGGUAAGGGCCACUGCGGCAGCAAACGCAGGCUGCUCGGCGGAGGUGGUCCAUGUGAAGGACGACGGCAUCUCUACUGCAUGCGCAGUGCCUCAGUGAAGUCCCUGCGCCAGCAUCAGAUCAACGGAGUGGGAGUUGGAGGAGGUGCACCCGGAACGGGAGCCACUGACUGCUGCAGUCGGGUGCAGAGGAUGCGCCACCAGUUGCAGCAGCAGCAGCAGCAGCAGCAGGGAUACAUCAGCGACAACGAGUCCCGGCGAAAGUCCUUGUCCCAGCCCAGCCUGCGCAUCACGGAGGCGGGCCUGCGAAGGUCCAACGAGAGCAAGAGCCUGGAGAGCAAGAAGCGGGUGGUCAAGAUGCUGUUCGUCCUGGUCCUGGAGUUCUUCAUCUGCUGGACGCCACUGUACGCGAUCAACACGAUGACCAUGCUGUUGGGGCCGGCAGUGUACGAGUACGUCGGCUACACGUCCAUCAGUUUCCUGCAGCUGCUGGCCUACUCCUCCAGCUGCUGCAAUCCGAUCACCUACUGCUUCAUGAACGCCAGCUUCCGGCGCGCCUUCGUGGACACCUUCAAGGGGAUGCGGGUGUGCGAGCGCCUCUGCGCCCCCUGCUGCUUCUGGAGGCGCCGCUCCAAGAACGAGACCAACCUCUCCGUGGCCGGCAACUCGAUCGCGCUGGCCAACUCGGUCAUGUCCAGCCACACGAUCCUGGAGAGCCCGCGCCUCUGAGCCAGCCGCCGGCGACAGCAACUGGCGGAGACGGAGUCACUCUAGUCACUCCGGUCACUCAAGUUGCUCUGCGGAUCGGUUCGUGUGCGUGGUGGUGCCCCGUUUCCACCGGCAGCAAUUUGUGAUGAUGCAAUGUAACUGCAAAUGAAACUGUGGUUGUCAACGAUUCCGCCGCGUUCUGAAUGUGUGUGGAUGUGGCGGAGGAGGAGGAGGAGGUUCCGGGUCGGGAGCUCCCUUUUAAACGCCCUUACUCUUACCCCUUACCAAUAAGUGUUUUAAUAUAUGUGUGUAUGCUUAGAGUUGCGCUAAUGCCAGUUAUUCAGUGUGAGUUAUUAGACUUUGACCUCGCGUUUCUGUGUUUACACCUAAAGGCCGAUGCAAAUUGAGAUCACCACACGCUAUAGAGAUUGGGGUGGACCUUAGUUGGAAGAAUACCUAGGGGUGUCCAUUCAUUACGGCAAUAUCGCCCCAAAUAAUACAAAAAUCUACAAAGUCCAUAGGAGUAAUCAACUUGCUGACCUCCCCCUUUGAUUAUUACCUAAUGUAUGGACGCCCAAAAACAGAAUAGAUUAAUUGGAAACUGUGGUCUUAAGAGUAUGCAAAAUGGUUUCAAGGAUUUUUAAAAAAACCGUAGCCUCGUUUUUGGUUUAUAUCUUGACCC